GAGGUGAAAAUGGCGGAUCUUUCGAAAUCCAGUCCCGGGCCCUGACGGAGUAGCCGCUGCCCGGGCCCCCUCACUGCCACCGAGAGUAACGGGCAGGGGGAGCCUGCACCGGGCUGGGCCGUGGAACGGGGGUGCUAGCGGCCCAGGCUGGGCCACUACUUGUGUUGGGCCCAGUGCCUUGUACCCGUCGCCGCCUCUGGGGCAGGGGGCCUCUGCUUUGCCUCGGUGCAGGGUGGUUGCUGGCAGCGCCCUGCUCCCAUCGAGCACUGGGUCUUUCAAGCCCUGUUUCUACUUGCCCUGUCCCCUCCUGCUGCUCCUUGUCCUGCUGGCAGGUCAGCUGGGAUCAACCGUCUGCAACCUCUAUCAGUACACCAAAGUGCAUUUGGGGAAAAUGCUUGGGGGAAGCUGUUGUCCAUGGUUCCUUCUCAGCUCUAGAAUUACCUCCCUCUUGAGGCUCGCCAGAGCCCAUGCCUAGACAUCUUUUGAAAGCGAUGCAAGACCUUCUUAUCUGAGCAGGCAUUUAGCAGAGAAAGAAAUAAAGUGCCUGUGAACAGCAGCAGCAGAAACAACUUUCCCAAAAAGCAGUAGCAGUGGAAUGAAACUGGCAUCAUUCUUGACAGUCACAGCUGCCCUGUCCGGUUCUGAACCUCAGUUUUCUCUGGCCCAAACAGCUGUUGCUGUAUUGCAGUGAUGCUGAAGAUGUCUGAUUAUAAAUUAGGAUUGAAAGGAAAUUCAGUGCCUGGUCCUUGCCUUACUGCCAGAAAUUCUAAUAUGGAGGUGGUGUCAGCAGAAAUGAACAGCUUGCUCCCUGAGGAAAUAAUGGACACUGGUAUAACUCUCGUGGAAGAUGAUAGUAUUGAGGCUGUUAUUGUAUCCUCACCUAUGGGAGAGUCCGUUCCCAUGGAAACAGAACUGGAAGAAAUUGUGAACAUAAGCUCAACCAGUGACUCGGCAAAUACAACUACUUCCGCGGUCACUGCAGAACCAGUUACUGUGCCCAGCAGUCACUCGAGCCAUGUUGGAGUGAAUACUACGAUUACAAAAACUGACACCAAUGCAACAGUAAAACCUACGUUUCAAAGUGGCCUCCAUAAACUUGGUACUUCGACUCCAGUGACUAUAUCAGCCAAUCAGAUUAUUCUGAACAAGACCUCUGACCUUAAACUUAGCAAUCAAAGUAUUAAACAGGAUGGGCAGAAGCUAAUUGUAACAACUUUGGGAAAGUCUGGCCAACCAAUUGUUUUAGCAUUACCACACAACCAACUACCCCAGGCACAGAAGACCACAUCCCAAGCUCAAAGUGGAGACUCUAAAGUACCAGGCCAGCAGAUUAAAGUAGUUACUAUUGGAGGGAGGCCAGAAGUGAAGCCUGUUGUUGGUGUUUCAGCUUUGACACCAGGAAGUCAGCUGAUAAACACUGCAGCUCAGCCUUCUGUAUUACAGACCCAGCAGUUAAAAACAGUGCAGAUUGCUAAGAAGACCCGAACCCCAACAUCUGGCCCAGUGAUCACCAAGCUGAUCUUUGCAAAGCCAAUUAAUAGCAAAGCAGUUACAGGACAGACAACUCAAGUGUCACCAGUCAUUGCAGGUAGGGUUCUUUCACAGACUGCUCCAGGAACACCACCAAAGACGAUAACAAUUUCUGAGAGCGGAGUUAUUGGGUCAUCUUUAAGUUCAGCAACACAACAGACACCAAAUAAGAUAGCUAUCUCUCCAUUGAAGUCCCCCAAUAAGCAGCUAACAGUGGUGUCAGUGGCCUCUCAGCCUUCAAACUCCCCCCAGAAGGCUGUGGGUGUUCCCCUGAAUGUAGCCUUAGGACAGCAGAUCCUGACAGUGCAGCAGCCAACAUCCUCUUCCCCUGGCAAGGCCUUAGUCAACCACACAACUGCUCAGGCUGUGAAAUCAACAGUGCAGACCAUCACUGUAGGAGGAGUGGGUACUUCUCAAUUUAAGACCAUCAUUCCCUUGGCAACGGCACCCAAUGUUCAGCAGAUUCAGGUACCUGGAAGCAAAUUCCAUUAUGUCAGGCUUGUCACUGCCACAACAGCCAACAGUUCAACUCAGUCAGCCAGUCAAAAUCCCAGUACCAACACGCAGUCUCUUCAGCAAGCCAAGCCAGUGGUGGUAAAUGCAACCCCAGUGCGGAUGUCUGUCCCAAUAGUACCAGCACAGACUGUCAAACAGGUGGUGCCCAAACCAAUCAACCCAUCUUCACAGAUUGUUACCACUAGUCAGCCCCAACAAAGACUUAUUAUGCCAGCCACUCCACUGCCACAAAUACAACCAAACCUCACUAACCUCCCUCCGGGUACUGUUUUGGCACCAGCACCUGGCACAGGAAAUGUAGGCUAUGCUGUUCUUCCAGCCCAGUAUGUUACUCAGCUACAGCAGUCAUCAUAUGUGUCUAUAGCAAGUAACACUGGUUUUACUGGGACAUCUAGUAUCCAGACUCAAGCAAGGCUGCCAUUCAAUGGAAUCAUUCCAUCUGAAUCUGCAAAUCGUCCCAGAAAGCCAUGCAAUUGUACAAAGUCACUGUGUUUGAAACUGUAUUGUGAUUGUUUUGCAAAUGGUGAAUUCUGCAAUAACUGCAACUGUACAAAUUGUUAUAACAACCUGGAACAUGAAAACGAUAGGCAAAAAGCUAUAAAGGCCUGCCUUGACAGAAAUCCUGAAGCCUUUAAGCCCAAAAUAGGAAAAGGAAAGGAAGGGGAAUCAGACAGACGACAUAGCAAAGGUUGUAACUGCAAACGUUCGGGGUGUCUCAAAAAUUAUUGUGAAUGCUAUGAGGCAAAGAUCAUGUGUUCCUCAAUAUGUAAAUGUAUUGGCUGUAAAAACUUUGAAGAAAGUCCAGAGCGAAAGACAUUGAUGCACUUAGCAGAUGCAGCAGAAGUCAGAGUCCAGCAACAGACAGCUGCAAAGACAAAGUUAUCCUCACAAAUCUCCGAUCUGCUUACAAGGCCAACACCAGCACUCAGCAGUGGAGGGGGGAGACUGCCUUUUACAUUUGUAACCAAGGAGGUGGCUGAUGCGACUUGUGAUUGCCUUCUUGCCCAGGCUGAGCAGGCUGAGAAGAUGGGCAAGUCAAAGACGGCAGCAGAGCGCAUGAUACUGGAGGAAUUUGGACGUUGUUUGAUGAAAGUAAUUAACUCUGCAGGAAAGUCCAAAAGUGACCCUUGUGCUAUGAACUGCUGACUCUUGCACAGGAGCCAUGAUAAAUUGGACUGAAUAGAACACUUAAGGCACAGGGACACUUUGAUUCACAGCAGAGAAUUUAUUAAUAAUAUUUCAUUUUAAUUUGGUGCUUGUUUUAAAUUAACUUGCAUAAUACUGAAAAAAAUCUUUUAUAACAAGGAAUAGUGUCUUUUAAAUCUUAGUUUAAUCAUCUUCUACUUAUGACAAUAUGUAAAGGUAAAUUCUCUCUCUCUCAUAUAAUUGCCUAAAGAGUAUAUAUAAAUUAUUAUAAUAUAUUAUUUACAAUGUAUAGAGUUACAUAACUUUGUUCAUAUGGUGGGUGGGGGGAUAGACACUGUCAGAAAGCAGACAUGUAUGGCAACAGACCUAAAGGACAGGUAUCAGUAUAUUCAAGGAAGAGUUGACUGAAAGAAAUUCAGAGAUAGUAGCACCUCUUUAAGAGAAAGGUAAGAAAUCUGCAUUGAGAACCAAAUUCAGCAAGGGCCUGAAGCACUUCUGUAGCAUUAAGCAUUCAGACAGUGAACACACAUCAGGAGUACUUUAAAAUGUUUCUUAUUGAGUCUGUAUUGAAGACCCUGGCUGAAGUGGGCCAGAAGGGCAAGGCAUGGUUUUUCAAGCAAAGGGUAUAUUAAGGGUGUUUAUAACCAAAUCUUUUGUGUUUGAAAAGAGCCAUGUGCAGUACUACCCAUCCAGCUGGUAUCGUGGAGCUUGACCUUGUGAGUUCCUUACCUGGUGAACCUUUCACUGAAUCUGAGGAGAGUUUACAAUGUUUCAGACUUUCCAGAAUCAAUCUGGAAGUAUAUUUUUAAUGAUAGGAAGUGAGAUCAUGUGUAUCCACUAGGAUAAGACAAAGUUAUCACAGUUCAGGAUGGAGAUUUAAAACUACCUGCAUCAGUUUUAUUCUGAGAACACUUGUGAGACCAGGUUCCAUGUAGAGUUGAUCUUUUUUUUGAUAUUGCUUCUCUAAUCUUCCUGUCAUACUGGCUUGUUUUUUUUAAGUGCUAUUUAGAUGACUACCAUUUGAAUCAGGACAUAAAAGUACAUGGGUGCAGAAUUAAGGCCACCAUCAAAAAUGGACAUGUUUACGCCUUGGGAAUGGAGGACACCAAAUAUAACUGUGUAUAGAAAUGUUCCAGAGUGGGAACUUUCUCCAGCAUUUGUUUCAAAUGAUCUCCAAUCACUUGUUUUGAUAAUGUAGCACAUUAUCAAGCUGAACUUGUUAAGCUCCAACAUUAAUGGAAACAAAACAACCAUGUUUAAAUUCACAGGCAUUUUUGUUAAACAUCUUAAUUCUGUCUAUCAGAAUGAUUGCUACUCUUUUUCCAAAAGGGAUUUUUUUUAUUCUCUCCGUGUAUCACUGUAUAUAUAACAUACUUUUCCAUGUGUGUAUGGGUAGCAAAUACACACAUCUGAAAAGGGAAUCCAUCAUUCAUUUAAAAAGUACAAUUUUUUUAACAAUUAGGUCUUGGAUUUAUAAAUGUCAGUGCAGUAACUUUAAAUGUAGCUAGUACAGACAUUCAGCUUACUUCUAGUGUAUCAAUAUAGUAUGUCCAGUAAAAUUUGUAUAAAUGUAAAUUAGUGUAAGUGAAAAAAAAUAAUACCUAAUCAAGUUAUUUUUCAAACAGAUUGCAAUAUGCCUUCUUUUGCCCAGAACUAAAUUUGUUAAUUUUGUACAUAAUCCAUUUUAUUCUGAAUUGCACCUUUUGUGAUGUAUUUAUAUAUAACGUGCAGAAAAUGCUUGUGAAACUUGGAUUACAGUUGUAGAUGAUGUAUGAUGGCAUUGCUUGAGAAUAUUUUGCUUGUAAAGGUUUUGAAGGUGCAAUCAAAUGCUUUUAGUUCUGUUUGUUUUGAACAAGCUUUCUCAAUGUUAAAAUGUUAAGCUUGAAUUUUCCUUCCUUCCUUCCCCCGCCCCAGUGCACACAAUGCUUUUUGUACUUCAUUAGCCAUUUGCAUCAAACUGUGGAACACAAUUUACAGUCAAGUUCAUCCAGUAAUUUUAAACAAAAUUUGGGGUGAGCCAGGGGUUCAUUUUCUAGGUCUGUUUGCAUCAAAGUAGAAAAAUUUUAAAUUUAUAUUUACUAGACCUAUUCAAAGAACACACUUUUUUCUAUAUUGUAAAAACAGAGCAGUCAGACAAAUUGCAAAGAAAAAUAAACAUUUAUACUAUUCUGUA